UGGAUGUUCGGAUAGGUAAAUUUGGUAAGAUUUGGAAAAAUGGAUUUGAGUUUUGAAAGGUUGCGAAAGGGAAUAUAAGGAGACUUCGAUUCAGAAUCCAAAAGAUCUCUUGUACCGCAGCCGGCAUUAACUUCAAAAUCCACAGCACAGAAACACGCAAGAACACCCCUGAUUGUGUGAAAUUUUCUGGAUUUUUAUUUAUUUCUAGAAGAAGAUAUGGACAAGGGCAAAGCAGUGAUGGGCUCGGGCCGCCGAUGGGCAGUCGAGUUCACGGAUAAUUCAACGUCGCAUUCGUCGCGGGAUAUUCCUGAUCCGCCGGGAUUCACUCGCGCGUCUCAAGAACAGGAUGAUUCAGCUCUGAGUAAACAGAAGAAGGACGCUGAAGCGAAUUGGAAAGCCCAGAAAGCUUGGGAAGUUGCACAAGCACCUUUUAAGAACUUGUUCAUGAUGGCCUUCAUGAUGUGGAUGGCUGGAAGCACGGUUCAUCUAUUUAGUAUCGGUAUAACGUUUUCAGCUCUUCUGCAGCCCGUUAAUGCACUUCGAGGGGUUGGGAAAGUUUUCGAGCCUUACAAGGACAACAAAGUGGAUCUCCUAGCACCUAAAUUAGUCUUCAUCGCCCUUAAUUUGGUAGGCUUAGGACUCGGCAUCUGGAAGCUUAAUACUCUGGGCCUGCUUCCAACUCAUGUAUCAGACUGGGUUUCAUCCUUGCCUCCACCACAGGAGGUCGAGUACUCUGGUGGAGGCAUUCCACUUCACUAGAUUUGCCUCCAGUCCAAGGAAACCUUGACAAAUUCAGUGGAUUGAACGGAAUGAGGGUUUUGAAAUCCAAACGCCGCUGCUGUUAUUCAAGACUAGAAACCAUAGUAUUUGCUGUUUGUUCUUGCUGCUAUUUUUUUUCUCUUCUAAUCUGCUUUCUUGAAUUCCAUAUGCCCCAAAACAGAAGAAGCUUUUGGUUUAUGAGGGUAGGACAUGCAAGUCUAUAUGUUUGAGUCUGACGUCCCAAAAUCUACAUGUAACAUUAUUAUGAAUAAUUUGCCAACUUCUUUGAGUAGCAUGAAUUUGUUAGAGUGGAGCUGAUUUGCCCCUGAGCUCACAUAUAUCAUUGUAAGCUUGCUUGUAUUUGUACUGUUCUUCAUUGUAAGAUUUUCUUUCUCUUUUAUGGUUUA